AGAGGGUCAGAAGUGUCUGGGUUUACAGUGAGCACUCUUUGUUUUAUAAAUGUGUCUAAGUUUGCAGAGUAGAGUCCUAUUCUUGUUUUUCCAGUUGACCACUUGGGAUGCACAUUUUAUUCCCAGUUCAUGCGACUCUGCAUGUGUGUGCAUGUAGAUGUAAGCACUCUCGAGCCAAAGUGCAUGUGUGUCAGGACGGAGUGCAUGAAGAGGGAGAGCAGAGGGAGUGUGUGUGAGAAACAGAGGGUGUGUUUGGUAGAGGCGGUGACUUUUUUUUCAGUUUGUAUUCCUGGAAACUGUUCUGCAGCAUUGCUCAAUAAGGAAACUUGUACGCAUAUGCACGCAUGUUUGUGUGUGUGUGUGGAGGGGGGUAAAAAAACUACACAUGAUUCAUGGAAGGAUUCAAGGUGCGAAUAUUCCUGGAGAAUGCACAAGACUUCGAGGAAUUUUCAGGGUUAAUGUAAGAUAGUGUCCUGCAUGUUCCAGCCAUAGUGAAAUGCGAUGACAAAGGCUGACACAUACAAAAUGUCAGCAAAAAACAGAGAGAAUCUCUGAACUCUAACAUGAUAAACUUCAACACAGUUGGCUUUUCUCUAUUUCUGUAGCUGGUAUUGGUUUUCUUGCUUAAUUACUGGCUUUGUGAAGGGUAGUUGUUGUUCCUGUAUAAGGUGCAAUACGAGGAAUGAGUCCCAGACUCAAAUUCUUGGAAUUUAAGUCAUGUUGGACAACAUAGCCUAAAGGUGUUUCACAACAUUAACGCACAUGAAAUGCCUCUCCCGGUGUCGGAAACUGCAGUGAAUAUCUGAACGCUCAUCUCCCACUGAGACCAACAUGUCCCAGCUGCUCCAUGUGGAGAUCCCGAACUUUGGAGCCACAGUUCUGGGAUCCCUGAACGAGCAGCGCCUGCUGGGAAACUACUGUGAUGUAUCAAUCGUGGUGAAAGGUCAGGCUUUCAAAGCCCACCGGGCUGUUUUGGCUGCCAGCAGCCUCUACUUUCGUGACCUCUUCAGCAGCUCCUCUAAGACCCAGUUUGAGUUGCCUUCCUCCGUGACACCUACUUGCUUUGAGCAGAUCCUCACUUUCUGCUAUACAGGGAAGCUAACAAUGGCAGCUAGUGAACAGCUGGUGGUGAUGUACACAGCUGGCUACCUUCAGAUUCAACAUAUAGUUGAAAGGGGCAUGGAACUAAUGUUUAAGGCCAACUCGCCUCACUGUGACUCACAAACAGCGGGGUCCUUGGAAGAAACGGGGUCUGAGCCGCAGAGUCCUUGCAACAACAUCAACGGCCUCUCAGUAGCAGCCUUUCUGGGAACCCCGGGCUUGCCUGCAUCAAUAAUCUUGCCCCACCGCAAGAUCAAACUAGAAGGCGGUGAUCCGGUACCCGUCACAAUACCCCCAGUGCAGAUCAAGACUUCAUCUCCAGAGUUGGGGGUUCGGAUGGAGAGGACAAGCUCACUGUUCUACACUGCAGCAGGUGGGACUCCCAUCCCCGGUAUCCCAUCUUUCCACCUUCAAACAUCCGGAGGAGGCGGAGGAACAGGUGGGGAGAGAUCCAGCCCUGGAGCGUCCAGCCUCCCCACCACUGACAGUCCCACAUCCUACCAGAACGACGAUGAAGAGUUCGAGGAGGAGCCCUAUGAUGGGAUAACCGAGGAAACUUACAACAACCUCUACGGACGUGGAGCCAACCCCUACGGAAUCCAAGACAAACAAGACGUAGCAGCGAUUCCGGUGGCAUUGGAGAAUCGCAACUGCGUGUUGAUCCGCAGAGACCUCGUGUCGCUCCCUGCAAGCCUUGUGAGUCAGAUCGGCUACCGAUGCCAUCCUAAACUGUACACCGAGGGAGACCCGGGGGAAAAGCUGGAAUUGGUGGCCGGUACCCAGGUAUUUAUGACAAGAGGCCAGCUGAUGAACUGUCACUUGUGUGCUGGGAUCAAACACAAAGUCUUGCUCCGUCGCCUCUUAGCCACCUUCUUCGACAGAAACACUCUGGCAAAUAGCUGUGGGACAGGCAUCCGCUCCUCUACCAGUGACCCCAGUAGGAAACCCUUGGACAGCAGGGUCCUAAAUGCUGUUAAACUCUACUGUCAAAACUUUAAUCCUAACUUCAAGGAGAGUGAAAUGAAUGUGAUUGCUGCUGACAUGUGCACAAAUGCAAGGCGGGUCCGCAAGAGAUGGCUGCCCAAGAUCAAGUCCAUGCUGCCUGAUGGCAUGGAAGUGUACCGCGCGGGGAUAAGCAUGAGUGCUGCUGUAGGUCUGGGGCUGGCCCUGGGUGCUCCUCAAUCAGGAGCCACUCUCUCCUUCGAGCCUGACUUCAAGACCUUAGAGCAAAGGUUAUAUCCAGAUCGAAAAGACCCUCACAGGACUCAGCCAGAAGGCAGCCCUCCGUCUGGAGCUGGAGCAGAGGGCGAACGGGAAACGGUUGGCCAUGAGGAACAGAGGGAAGACGAGGAUGAAGCGAGGUCGGAGGGCGUUAACAGAUCACAGGGGACGCCCACUUUGAUCCCAGGGUCUGUGACGGGCAACACGUCACCAGAGCAGAAGGUGGAAAGUUUUGGACAAGGUCUGAGGGUGAAUGGACAGUGAAUGACCCUCUCAGCGUCCCCUCACCCUCACGUGGUGAAACCUGUUUAACAAACGCAGUUCCUUCUGCUUGCUCUCUUACAUCGCAGUCCACGGCGCUUUCUUCUCCUCUGCGCUUCCUCAGCGGGAAAUUACCCGCUCAAAAAAGGCUACACUCAUAGAUCUUAUUACCCCAGAGUCUGUCACAGAUGCAUGUGCACGUGUGUGCUCGAGUACUUGCAUACUUAGAAGAAGAGGAAGAAUCAAAACGAGAAUAAAAGACACAGGCAUGGCAUCAACAAAUUCAGCCCUUUCCUAGUAUAGUAUCAUUCUUUUCAUGUUAUUCUAGACACACAACCUGCAUUUGAACGUAUGUCUUAAAAAUACAAAGAACUGAUCAGCAAAUUGUUGCAGUGACGUAUCAGUUUUGUAUAAUACAUAAGCAAAAGCUGCUUAGUGGGCAGUUUUCCAGUGAACAUUUUAAUUUUUAUACUAUUUUGGCAAAAUGGGCUUCUAAAACAAAGAAACCUGUGGAAGACCACAAGGAAUAUGAGAUCAGCAGUAUUUGCUUUACAACAUUUUAUUCUAAAAACACAUUUUUACGCCAACUGUUCGUUAGGCGAAAAUUACAAAGCUAUUUUCCAAAACAAACCUAGCAGACACAUGUUUUAUUUCAUGUUUAUCUGCCCACAUCAUGACAGAUUAGGCUGUCAAUCGGAUGCCUGUGUCUGCUGCAGAUCACAAUCUAUACACACUCAUUUACCCUUCCAGCUUUUAAUAUCUUGAUAUAUUAAAAGAUUCCAAAAAGAUACGUUGAAGUGUUUUUUAGCUUUUACAAAAAAUAUAUAUAUAUUUUUGGGUGAAGGGGGGAUACAGAGAGAAAAGAGACAUAAAGUAAUGACGUUCAAGCUUGCAUGCAUGGAAACAAACCAUAAAUGGAAAGAAUAGCUGAAAACAACAGCAAAGCCUGCAUCUAAAUAAGAUAAAAGCAAUUCUUGCCUGGAGCUGUAUGCGUUCAAGACCCAAAACGACUUUCUCUCCAGGACCUCUGUCAAGCAAACGUUAGAACUGGCUUCAGUGUAACCUAGCAUUGACUUGUCUUUUGAAUUUUUGAUUUUACCUGUGGACCGGUGACAACCAAGAACGGAGAAUGCAUGGAGUGGAAAGAGGAAGUGCACUACGCUGAACGAUAGAAGAGAAAGUGCCGGAGCAGAGCAUUGUUCCACCUUGAUGUGAUGUGAUAUGUACAGAGACUACACAGUCCUGCUUCCAUCUUUUUUCUUUUUUUUUAACUUUGUCGGGGAAUGUGUGGGUGGGUAAAUUAUUAAAUAAAACUUUUAAGAGCAAUUUAUGCUGGCUUACUGCAUUUGCACUCAAGAAGGUUAAAGGGUGGGAAACUGAGGAGUUGGCAAAAUGGACCUGGAAAGACUGCAAAUUGCCACCACAUCACCCUGGUUACAUAAUUAAUCAGGCAUUUGUGGCAUUGGAAAGAAACAAGGGGUGUCUCUGACGAUGACUGUUUCUAUGGUUUUGAUGGAGCAAGGUCAUUUUAGUUUGUUGUCUGGUUUUAAUGCUUGUUGCCAUUCACAAAAUUCAGCCCUAUCAGCCUUUUCUUUCUUGUUUCAUGCAGUGAUUUACAAAAACAAAAAAAGAUGCACAUUGUAUGCAUCCUUUGUAUUUUGCUUUUUCUUUGUUUCUGGCAGCAAUGAAAGCAUAUUUGAUCACAAGAACUGAUUGUUUAUUUGAACACAUGGUCAAAAAGUGGAUUGGAAGAAAAGUUUUUUUCUUUCUACAAAAGUAAGAGCAAAACUGAAAAAUCAGUUUGUGCAAAUUCCCUCUGGCAUGUCAUUAAAAAAAAAAAAAUUGUGUUGACAUCUUCAGAAUUUUGGCCAUAAAAUGUAAUUCCUUUACAUUUAUUUUAGUAUUUUUAGUUGAAGCUUUAACAGAGCUCUGCAAAACAAACACAGGGCUGCAAAUGCACUAGUUGAUGACAAUGUUACCGUUUUGUUCUAGUUUUAUUUUUUCCUCUUUUCUAAAAUGUGGUCUGCCAUAAAUAAGUCUUUUUUUAAGUGGCCAAACUAUUGAGUGAAUGUACCCUGUAGAAAUGCUUUGGCUAAGAUACAGGUCUUGAGCGAAUGCAGUACAUUUAUUGAUUUGUGUUUUGUUAGCAUAAACUUUUGUACAUAACUAAGGAUCAAAAAAAUAAAAUUAGUAUAUAGAUAUAAUUAGUUUUAAGUGUCAGGGUGGAUGCAGUCCUGAUUUAAAACACUGAUUUUUAAGCUGCCAUACACAGGUCUUCCAACAGAAUAGAAGGGAGCUUUUUACUAAAUGUCCAAAACUCAUUCAUGUUUAAGUAGCACAUCGAUAUUUAUUGUUUUAUGGGCUUUUUACAAUUUUUAUCCCAACAAUUCUGUAUGUCAAAUUGAAAGAAAAUUUGGUAAAAUACUCUAUUGUCAUCUUUAAUUUAUUCUUCAAGAGUUUUUUGGUAAAAGCAAAAACAAAAAGUGGAUUUUAGUGAAUCAUUUGUCCUUACUACUGAUUUUUUUUAAAAAAAGAAAAAAAAACCUUAAAAAAAUAAACCUAACAAAAUUCUGAACAGCUUAAAUCUUUUUUGACACUAAAUGAAUCUAAAGCCUCUCUUAAUCUUUCAAAGUAAUAUGUGAACAUCUUAUACUGAUCAAUGAUCAUUUCAAAUGCGUUCUUCCUUUUGGUUUUAGUUAUACAAUUUAUAAAGUAGAAACAUGUUUCUAAUAAAUUUAGGGAGAAAAGUCUAGUCAAGUGAAUACAUUGUUCUGUUUUGGAAAAUGUUAAUAUCCUCCAUUGUACUGACAGAAAAGGAAUGUGGAGCAGUGCCUUAGAUUGUGAUAUGUGAGUGUUGAUAUGUGCCAUCAUUUCUUUUUUUAAGAGACAAACGAGGCCAUACAACGUAGAACAGGAAAAAAAAAAUUUUUGUCUUCUUAAAAAAUAAGAUUGUUCAAAAUCUAAUGGUACUUCUUCAAAGAAUCCUCAUCAGAUGCAUUAAACAACCACACCUUAAAAUAAAACAACUUCCUGUCCAAAAGUAAAAGGAUACAAUCUCACAUUUUCUAAUGCCUUCCGUCAAAAGCUUGCUCAAAUUUCGUUGCUAAACUGCCCAACUACUGAUUCACCACCUGAAUCAUCUAAAGUUUUUCUUUUCAAGUAACAUUGAAUGAUGUUGCACUGUAACCGGGAAACUCAGAAUGUCAGGAAUUUGUGGUGGUUGCAAAAAAAAAAAAAAAAGUAAUAAUGAUAGUAAUGUUCUGCAAUUUGUUGUUUUAUUUGACUCAAACCCAUUUGUCACCUGUUGCUGAAUCAUUUGUCUUGAUGAUCACUGAAUGUAAGAAGCAGGAUAGGACCGUUGACGGAUGGAAAUAAACUUUUGACUUGUUUUUUUGUUCUAACCCACGAGCUGUUUUCAUCUCCCAAUACUGUAAAACAAAUGCACACUGUAAUUGUGUUCUGCUGAAAGGCUCACCCUGAAAAGAGGACAUUUUUAUGCAACACUUAGAACAGAAACGCACGCCAUUCAGUUGCUUACCUGAACCCAGUGAAGCCUCAGAUCUUUAUGCACCAUGUGUUUAAUGCUGAUUAAUUGUUGUCUCUGUUAACAAGCAAAGCCAGAGGAGUCUUGCAGGUAGCAGGGCUGUGUUUUAUUUUUGUAAAACCCCCUGGUCUUUGGUUGAAUGUUUGAUAAAAUGUAACAUUGUCUGUUAAUAACAACAAAAAAAAGAACAUUGUGAUAAAGAAUGGAUUUGCCUAUCCAUUUGACUUUGAGCAAACUCGGAAAAAAGAAAUGCACUAAAAGUUUGUACGUGUAACAAUGCCAGCACUUUAGAACUACUUAGAAAUUGAAAGAAAAGAAGACAACCAUCAAGAGUGACCAAGGAUGUUGGAAAGAGGGGAGGAAAUGCGAAUCUUAAAGCCAUGUGUUCAGAGCGCUGACAAUCAGAAAAGGGAUGAGACCCAAAGUGCACUAUUGGAGAUGUGGAUGUUGCUGUGCUUUUCGCUUUCUCUUUCUAGAGCUCGCUAUAGUCUGUGCUUUGCUUGCUUUGCAGAUCAGAGAGGCAUAGUGAUGUGAACUCCAGCCUUCCUGGCUAUAAGUGUGUUUUUGACUCAUACUUUCGGUGCUUCAUGAGCAGAGCUAUCCCAUGUUGACAUGGACCAUAUCUGUCAUACUCUGCUAAGCAAAAGGCCAAACAUGGCUCUGAGUCUGUGCUUAUGGGUAGCUUUGUGAUGGAAAAUUAAGCAAAUGUUAAUAAAGGAUUUUAUCAUGCAACCAAA